GUUUUGAUACGUAUAUGAUAGAUUUGAUAAAUAAAGGGAAAACAGAGGAUCUCCUCAUCUCAGAAGAAGGGGAAGAGAAUCAAAAGUCUUCUCCAGUCUCUUCAUCUUCCAUUGGAGAUUUCGUAAUUCUUCACAGUUCUUCUCCUUAACUCCCUCUCUCUCUCUCUCUCUCGUUCUGUUCAUCUUCUUCUGGUUCCAAUCUUUAUCGUUUGUUCUGAGGUGUGAAGAUGGGGGUGAGCAGCGGCAGAUGCUCCCACACUUCUCACAUCACCGAGAUCAUCAUCACCAGCUUCUUCAGACACAAACUCUAAAUACCCACCAAAAGAAAAUCACAAAAAAAAAAAAAAAAAAAAGAUUUGUAGCAAAUCAGGAGGUAUGAUCUUCACACCAUCAGCCAUGGCAACUUGAGCAACAACACAUAUCCCCUUUUGGAUUUAUCCAAGCUAUGGCGGGCCUGGGAAUUGUCCGCGGAGGCCGUUCUGCUACUGCUGGAGUUUCAAAGAACAACACUGUUUUGCUUCAGAACCCAAGAGUUGCUUCUUCUUCUUCUUCUUCCCAACCCCUCGAUUCUCUGUUCCUCUCUGGCUCUUCCCCCUCUUUCCAUGGGGUUGUCCCUGAAACAGGUUUAGGAUCCAUGGUUAGCUUUGAAGAUCUUAGUGGGGGCAAAAGAUCAAGUAGAUUGUUCUUCUGCUCGUUUGAUCGAGAAGAGAACGAAGAAGAGGGAUUGGAUGAAUUGUUUCAUCAGCCCAACAAGAAGAGAAAGCUUACACCCGAACAGAUCCAAUCCCUCGAGAGAAGUUUCGAGCUAGAUAACAAGCUUGAACCCGAGAGAAAAACCCAGCUCGCCAACGAUCUAGGCCUGCAGUCUCGCCAGGUUGCGAUAUGGUUUCAGAACCGGAGGGCAAGAUGGAAGACAAAACAGCUCGAGAAGGAGUACCAGGCGCUGCAGGCUAGCUAUAACAGCCUCGAGGUUGAUUAUGAUCACCUCCUUAUGGAGCAGGAGAAACUAAAAUCUGAGGUUCUUGAGCUCACAGAUAAGCUGCUUCUCAAACACAAGGAGGAAAACUUUGAAUCCUCAGAACCAGCACGAGAAGCCAUUGCAGAUUCAGCUUCCAAGGAUAUUGAACCAUCCAAACUGUCAGUCAAUGAUUGUAAUAAGCAGGACAGUGAAGCAGUUGAUUCAGAACUGGGUGAUUCUUCAUAUGUUUUCAGGCCUGAACACUCAGAUCUAUCCAUCGACGAGGAGGAAGGUAACCUCAGCAAGAACGCGUCGCCGCCUUCUCCUCGCGCUCUCAUGUUUCCAGAGGUUAUUGAGUAUGGAGAUUUCCCUGAGCUUGCAAGUUCAUGUUUCCUUGGAUUCCCAGUGCAAGAUCAAAUCUGUGAGUUCUGGUCUUACUACUAAUUUGCUCUUGGAUAUUGAUCUUGGUAUGUACAUUACCCUCUCUUUCUCAUCUUGGUCUCCUCAAGCAAGCUUGCUGUGCUGUGCUGUGCUGUACUGUACUGCUAGUUGUAUGUAUGAGCAAUAAAUCCAUGGCCAUGGCAGCCAAAAUGCAAGAUGCUGCCAUGGGCUCUGGGGAUUUCUUCUUCCCCUCUGAAUCAUUGUUGUAUUGUGUGUGGAGUGUAAGAAAAGAACUUGAAAUAUGUGCCAUAAACUUGUUGAGAAUCA